AAAAAAAUUAAAACACACAAAUUUAAGUCUCCGUUUUAAGAAGGAAAAAGAAAACAUUCGGUCUCAGGUGGUUCACACAGUUAGUGCCGAGUCACUUCUCUGGACCGUUGCCUAAUGGUUUUCUCUGAAUAACCUCUACUGAGGCAUCCAAUGUUGAAGGGAGAGGCAGAGCCUAAGCAGAAGAAAGGUUGGUCAGAAUCGCUGCUAGAGUUUCUGUCAGGGUUAGGGGAAAAGAUGAAAACUGAGCCAAAGAAACGUUGGAAAUCUCUUGCACCCCUUCAUCUGAAAAGCAAAUCAGUUGCGCGGUUUUGCUUCUUUUCGAAAAUCAAGUCGAACAACUAUGGUCCAGGCCGUGCACCAGUCUAUCUCAAUGUUUAUGACUUGACUCCUAUUAACGGAUAUAUCUAUUGGGCAGGGCUCGGUAUAUUUCACUCUGGUGUAGAAGUUCAUGGAGUAGAAUAUGCUUUCGGUGCACAUGAUUAUGCAAACAGUGGUGUUUUUGAAGUUGAACCAAGGCAAUGCCCAGGCUUCAAAUUUAAGAAGUCGAUAUUCAUUGGAACCACGAACUUAAACCCGGCACAAGUUAGAGAGUUCAUGGAGAACAUGGCUUGCAGUUUCUAUGGGAAUAUGUAUCACUUGAUCGUUAAGAACUGCAACCACUUCUGCCAGGACGCUUGCUACAAGCUUACAGGCAAGAAGAUCCCGAAAUGGGUGAACCGGCUUGCGGAAAUAGGUUCGGUGUGUAGUUGCAUACUUCCCGAGUCACUCAAGAUUACAGCGGUUUGCCAUGAUCCAGACGAGCAAAUUCCCGAAGAAGAAAACGAAAAGAGAAGUCUUACGAGCUCAUUCAGUUGCUUGUCUUCCAUCUCCAUGAGACAAAAACAGCUUUCGACGUCAUCCUUAUUCCUACAGUCACCUCUCAGAGGCUGCUUACCUCCAUUUCAACUAAAACGAUCAAAAUCUAACAGCAGUUCCUUAAAAGAAAUGUAGACGACCACAUUUGUCUUUGUAAUGGUGUUCGAAAAAAUGUUACUUUUAACAAUUCUUCAAUCUGUUUGUAUCGCUUCCAAAGCAGGGAACCAUUUCAUCUUUCCAUGUAUUAGUUGCCUCAACUCUGUUUAUAUA